GUGGUCUCCAGGGACAUGUCUGAUCACCCCAUCAUCCUAGACAGUGUCCGGCUAGCCUAUGCCCAGACGAGGUGUGAUCCCAUCAGGAUGACAGAGGCUUUUGUGAUCUUCCACUUCCCCCUCAUGCAGUGUGGCACCACAGUCCCGGUGAUUGGGGACAAACUGAUCUAUGAGAACGAGCUGAUCUCAGGCAUUGACAUUCAGACUGGGCCAGAUGGCUCCAUCAUCUGGGACAGCAUCUUCGUCCUCCAUGCUCUCUGCAUCUACAAUGCCAGUGACUUCCUGCCAGUCCAGGUCGUCUUGCCCCCCACACCUGCUCCAGUCACCCAGGCAGGACCCCUCCGGCUUGAGCUGCACAUCACCACAGACCUGAGCUACAGAUCCUAUCUCACAGAGGGAGACUACCCUGUGGUGAAGGUGCUCAGGGACCCUGUCUACAUGGAGGUUCGCAUCCUGCAGAGAACAGACCUGUCCCUGGUUCUGGUUCUGCACCAGUGCUGGGACCCAAGCGCUAACCCCCUGCAGCAGCCGCAGUGGCCCAUCCUGGUGGACGGGUGUCCAUUCUUGGGAGACAACUACAGAACCCAGCUUGUGCCCGUGGGCUCUGAGCUGCACUUCCCAACUCACCACCAGCGCUUUGUCCUCUCCACCUUUGCCUUUGUGGACUCAGCCUCCCAGAUAGCACUUGAUGGAGAGGUGUGCCUCUUCUGUAGUACCUCUGCCUGCUGUCCCCCCCAGCUGGAGCUCUGCAGGACCAUGUGCCCAUCAGGGGCUGCUAUAGGAGGCUGCCGGUUUCUGUAUAUUGGAAAUGGGACAGGAGAGCCCCAGGACCUAGUGAGUUCUCGCGGACCUGUGAUCUUCCAGGAGAGUCCUGGGCCACGCAGAGAGCAAGUCUAUGAGAACACGGACCCUGUCUCCAGACCGGACCUGACUCCUGUGCUUCUGGCUGUACUGUCUCUGGUGGCUGUGGCCUCCCUCAUUGUUGUGACCCUGCUCUGCAGGAGAAAGAGCUGGAUGACAAGAUCCCAAAGGCUCUCUAGUGGCUCACUGUCAAACAAGGGUGGAAAAUAA